AUGAGUAACGAACCACUUAGCGAAGGAGAACUUACCAAAAAAUACCCCAAACGAGCAGAAUUAUUAAAAGCCUUAGGAAUAAAUAUCUUAAAAGGUCAUCCAAACUCUCUCGCAAGUAAUAUCACAAUACCGGAGCUAGAGAAUUGUCAUGAAUGUAAUGAAGAAAUUUUGUUAAAUCCACCCAAAGCAUUUACCACGCUCGUGUGUGGUCAUAUACUCCAUCACGACUGUCUUGAAAGAAGUAAUAGAGAUAAGCAAAAAACUUGUCCCAUUUGUUUCGUAGAUAAUGAAGGAACGGCAUCAGCUGAAGUUCAGAAUAUAGAUAUGUCAGAGGUAGUGGAAGAUGAAGGUGAAGAAACCUCUAAUCUAACGGGGGCGGUAAGUAAGUUAUCCGUAGAUGAUGGUAAAGCUAUCCCACGAAGUGAAACAAAAUCCAUGGAACCUGAUAAAGUACAAGGUUUAAUAAAAGAACUAUCUAUGCCAAAAAAACGUGUAACUCGUGCCUACCAAGAAGAAAUAAGAUGCUGGUAUCUCUUUGCUGAAAAAUUCGAAGAAAGAGUUAAAGAAAUAAAAAAUGAUAACAGUAAGUACAAUGACCAACAAGCUAGAGGGUUAGUAUAUGGCGAAGUCGCAACCAAUCUUCUGAGAUUUACAAGAGAUAGUUUGCGUAAAAAAACUGCAAAGGCUAGAAAUAUCUACAAGUUGUUUGGAGAAAGUUAUGACCCCGAUAUUAAAAAAAUACGAUUAGGUAUUCAAUCAACAUGUACGGAUCUUGACCUAAGGUUUAUGCAUAUAGGCGAGGACAUAAUUGCCACAUAUUACAGUCCAGAAAGUGGCAUAUCUUUAGAGGAUGGAAGCACGGGUGUAAGGUUUGUGACGAAUGUAAUCAUUAUUCACACCUAUAUUGCAAAACAUGCAAAAAAGUAG